GAUUUGCAUGUUGGUGAUUAAGGCAAUGAAGCAACCGGAGCUGUUGCCACAUCGGUGUGAAUCCCCGCGGCCGCUAUAAAUGCCCUGAUCAAUGCCGGGGCAGGAGCUGCAUCGGCCGGGCCACCCUCACGCGCAGGAGGAGACACCGAGCUGGGCACCAUGUGCGCUGUCACCCGCGUGCUGGCACUGCUGCUGUGGGCGCCGUGGCCGGCGCUGCUCGGGGCGCCGCUGGCCGAGCUCUCGGGGGACCAGAGAUUCCUCAUCUUCCUCAGCAACAACCUGGAAUUCACCCGCAAGAUCAAGGGGGACGUGGCCGCGCUGCAGCACGCGGUGUGCGACACCUUCCAGCUGUGCAAGGAGGAAGAACUGCUGCUGCUGCGGCAGGACCUGAGCAUGGCGCAGGUGCCCAUGGAGCGGUGCCACGGCCGCGGCUUCCAGGCGGAAGCCUGCUUCAGCCAGAUCCGAGAGGGGCUCCGCACCUACCAAAGCUCCCUCGAUGCUGUCCUGGAGCUGCUGCCCGGGCACGCUGCGCUGGUGGAGAGCGUGCAGCUGGAUGCUGCCAACCUGUCCUCCAACAUCCAGCAUCAGUUACAGAUGGAAGACCUGGGCCUGGCCACGGUGACGUACCCCACGGAGGCCCGAGGUCCCCUGCCCGCCUUCUCCUCCCAUUUCCACCACCAGGUCGGCAGCUUCUUCAUCCUGGCCGACUUCCAGCGGUUCCUGGAGGCCACGUACCGGGCGCUGCGGCACCUCGCGCACCUCUGACCCCGGCCCCACACCGCCUCUCCCCAUUUAUUUAUGUCCCAGCCCUGGCGCCCUGCCCGGGAGCUCCCGGCUUUCCCACCUAUUUAAUAUUUAUGGCUAUUUAAGCUCUCUCCGGACGGGAAUGCUGCCCGGCACCGGCCCCACCGCACACGGACCCGUGCGCAGCAUCGCCCUUGUUUAAUAUUUAAACAAAAGUGUAUCUCUGCUACGAGUUGCUGGGCUGAGCCCCCAAGGGCUCAGCGCGCUGCAUCCCACAGGAAAACCGCCUUCAUCCAUGGAUGAAGCAGCUUUGGAGCAGCAUUUCCCUGCCUGGGCUGCAGGGACAGACCUGACCGGUGUCACUUCUCGUUGGCAUAGUGACACUGAUAUUUAGUAGUCAUUAGGGAAGAGGGAGGGGAGAAGGGAGGUGCAGUGGGGAUGCAGCAGCUUCCCACGAGGAGGUUUUUCCACCGCCCAUCCCCAUUCCCUGCUAAACUCAGUGUAUUUAUUGCAGUUUAAGUUAUUCUCAUCCAUUUCCCGGGCUCCCGGUUCCCGGAGCUGUACUGGAUGGUUCCCAGCCCAUCCCGGUGUGUUUUGUACCGUAUUUAUUGCUGCCUGAGCCCCACAGACACAUCCCUGCUCGGUUUUAUACGCAAUAUAAAUGGAAAUAAACUAUUUUUGCUCCAGA